UUACCUUUUGGGUUUUGGGCGUCAGCUUUAAGGAACGGAAAGCAUUUGGCAGCAAUCAAUGGUGAAGGGCUAAAAGAACACACCAUAAACUCACACCCACAACGCAAAAGUUGAACCCAGAUUCUGAGUUUGUUAGGAUUAUUAAAUGCCUUUCUCCACCCCCUCCAUUUCUAUUCAAAUUUCGAACCCCAAAUCAUUUUCUUCCCUCUUCUCUCUGCUUUUACAUAGUUCUUUCGAUUUCUGCCUCUUUUUCUUCACCAAUGGAGAUUGAGAAACGAAAAUCGGAGAAGUGGGUAAUGUUCUGAGAGAUUGUUGAACUUGAAAUUGGUGAAGGUUGAAGGUAAUACUCAUAAGGGGGUUCUUGAGAUGAGUACGGCUCGAUUCAUCAAGUGUGUCACUGUUGGAGAUGGGGCUGUGGGGAAGACUUGCAUGCUUAUCUCAUACACUAGCAACACUUUCCCAACUGACUAUGUACCCACCGUUUUUGAUAAUUUCAGUGCUAAUGUAGUGGUCGAUGGUAGCACCGUCAACCUGGGGCUUUGGGACACUGCCGGACAGGAAGAUUACAACAGGCUGAGGCCUUUGAGUUAUAGAGGAGCAGAUGUGUUUCUGUUGGCCUUUUCUCUAAUCAGCAAAGCUAGCUAUGAAAACAUCUCCAAGAAGUGGAUCCCUGAGCUGCGGCAUUAUGCCCCGACUGUCCCAAUUGUUCUUGUUGGAACCAAACAUGAUUUACGGGACGAUAAGCAGUUUCUGACUAGCCAUCCCGGUGCGGUACCGAUCACGACAGCGCAGGGUGAAGAACUGAAGAAAGCAAUUGGUGCAGCUGGUUACAUAGAAUGCAGCUCAAAAACACAGCAGAAUGUCAAAGCUGUGUUUGAUGCUGCCAUCAAGGUUGUUCUACAGCCACCGAAACCGAAGAGAAAGCGACGAAAGGCCAGAAAAUGUGUGUUUCUUUAAGUUAGAUUUCAUUUCGUGUUUCUGCUGUAACAAACUUUUAAUUCUGUGUCUAUUUCAUUCUUGAAUUGUCAAAAGUAUCGAAUUUGUUUAUUAGUUUUUCA